UGCCCCCUACCGUCGCUUUUUCGCCCCAGCUUUGAAGGACCCUUGUGUUCUGUUUUAAUAUUUAGUACAUUUUCUCUCCAAGAAAAUCGCAAACAUGACCAGGAAAUUCUUCGUCGGUGGAAACUGGAAAAUGAACGGCGACAAAAAAAGCCUUGGGGAGCUCAUCCAGACCCUGAACGCAGGCAAGGUGGAUCCUAAUGUCGAGGUGGUGUGUGGUGCUCCAUCCAUCUACCUGGACUUUGCCAGAUCCAAACUGGAUGCCAAGUUCGGGGUCGCAGCUCAAAACUGCUACAAAGUUCCCAAGGGUGCCUUCACUGGGGAGAUCAGCCCUGCGAUGAUCAAGGACUGUGGUGUGAACUGGGUAAUCCUGGGACACUCCGAGAGGCGCCACGUCUUCGGAGAGAGCGACGAGCUGAUUGGGCAGAAGACUGCUCAUGCUCUAGAGAACGGUCUUGGCGUGAUCGCUUGCAUCGGUGAGAAGCUGGACGAGAGGGAGGGAGGCAUCACGGAGAAGGUGGUGUUUGCUCAGACCAAAGUCAUCGCAGACAAUGUAAAGGACUGGAGCAAGGUCGUGCUCGCUUAUGAGCCUGUUUGGGCCAUCGGCACCGGCAAGACUGCCUCUCCACAGCAGGCUCAGGAAGUUCAUGAGAAACUGAGGGAAUGGCUGAAGACCAAUGUGUCUGAGGCCGUAGCCAACUCUGUGAGGAUCAUUUAUGGAGGUUCAGUAACCGGUGGUACCUGUAAAGAACUUGCCUCCCAGAAGGACGUGGACGGUUUCCUCGUGGGCGGGGCCUCCCUAAAGCCAGAAUUCAUCGACAUCAUCAAUGCCAAGGCAUAAACACCCAGGCGAGGUCCCUCAACUCGCAGUACUACUCUCCCUCCCUCCCUCCUCUCUGUUUGAACCAUUUUUGUAAUGCUGUCAUUCCCUUGGUUUUUUUCCUUUUUAUCUUUUGGUAUAAUUCC